AUGCCGAGUUCAGAAUUCAAUUCUCUGAUUCAUGCAAUUGGGUUCCGUUUCUUGGUCACGCACGGAUAUCGUGGAUCUCCGAUCGUCGAUCUUUGGUCGUCUAUGAUCGACUAUGAUUUGUCCCUACAGCGUCUUCAUUCAUCGAACAGACCAGGCGAGGAGGACAGCGGGGAAGAAGCAGAGUCCGAGACUCCCAACCCGGGCACACUCGCUGGCGAUGGGACGGAUGGGCUCUGUCAAACCAAUUUUAUGGGAAACGAGUAA